AUGGAAUUCGCCUCCUUGCCCAUCCACCGUCGCCUCCAAAUCAUCUUCUUUGCACUCCUAUGUUCCACCUUCCUCCUCCACGCCACCGCCGCUUUAUACCGCCAACCUAUCACUACCGCAGUCCUGCACUUUCUCUCCACCCACCUUCUCUUAACCAGCAUCACAUCCCUAUCCGCCGGCUUCCUCCUCCUCUUCCAUCUUCGCUCCCGCCCUUACCCCGUCUUCCUCGUUAACUAUUCCUGCUACCAACCGCCAUCGCACCGGAAAUGUACUUAUGAUAUGGCAAAUGAUUUUAUACUCCACGCUGCACGCUUCAGUUCGCCGGAACCGAUCGAAUUCAUGCGUAAUAUAUACUCGAAAUCCGGGUUAGGAAACGACACAUAUGCACCGCCGUUUAUGUUUGAAGAAAAUCAAACUCCGACGACAAAAAGCGCCAUAGAGGAAGCGAAGGAAGGGAUAUUCUCCGCCGUCGAUUCCCUCUUAUCAAAAACCCAAAUACAGCCGGAGGAAAUCGACGCGGUGAUCGUUACCUGCGGAUGUUUUUCACCCUCCCCUUCUCUUUCCUCUCUUAUUAUGAAUCACUACAAACUCAAACCCGAUGUGAAAACAUAUAAUCUUAGCGGAAUGGGGUGUAGCUCCGGCGUUAUUUCUAUUGAUUUAGCUGCCCAAAUCUUACGUGGGGGUGGCCGGAAAAUCAAGAAUGUUCUGGUUGUCAUUACCGAGAAUAUUACGCUAAACUGGUACGAAGGUGAAGAAAGAUCGAUGUUGGUAACCAACUGCAUCUUUCGCGUUGGCUGUGCGGCGGUGAUGAUUACCAACGACCCAUCCCGCCGUUCAUCGGCGAAAAUGGAGCUUACCCACUCUCUCAGAACCCACCACGGGGCCGACGACUCCGCCUAUCAUGCUGCUUUCCAAGAGGAAGACGUCAAAGGCGUCACCGGAAUUUCUCUCACCAAAGAUUUAAUACGAGUCGCCGGCGUAAACCUCCGGGAACACAUCAAAAUCCUUGCUCCAAGGGUUCUGCCUCUGAAUCAGCUCGUGACUUACAUGUACUCGGUGGUGGCGACGACUCUCUCCGGCGGGCAGUAUAAGCCUGUGAUGCCGGACUUUACGGCUGCGUUUGAGCAUAUCUGUGUGCAUACAGGCGGGAAAGCAGUUAUCGAGCAAGUUGGACGAGUCAUGAAAUUCAGUGACUCGGUGACUGAACCGGCCAGGAUGACUUUGAACCGGUUCGGGAAUACUUCGAGUAGCCUAGUGUUUUACGAGUUGGCUUAUUUUGAAGCCAAAGGAAGGGUAAAAAAGGGAGACAAAAUGUGGAUGAUAGCGUUUGGAACCGGGUUCAAGGUGGGAAGCUUAGUCUGGAAAUGGAUAAGGGAUUCGGAAUCUGAAUACGAUAAUCCAUGGAAUGAUUCCAUAAACAAAUACCCAUUGAAAAUUUGGUUCAGUCGCGUAUGCAAAUGA